AUGGUGGGCACAAAGAACACCACCUAUGCCGAGGAGAGCGCCGAGGUCGAGGUGCUCUACGCCAAUCUCGACAAACUUAAGGUGCUGACAAAAAAGAUUCAGGGAUCGCUUGAUCGCCUGGAGACGAGCGGGAAAGUCGUCAAAGAUGCAAUUGGUCCCAUCUAUAGCAAUACACAGUCUCUGCAAAUCACCAACAGCAAUAUUGACCGCGUGAUCGAAGCUAUUGAUAAGCUCCGAAAGCCAUUAGAUGCGAAAGGUAGAGAGGAAGGAAUAAUACGGGCUGGACCCCAAAGUGCAGGCUUAUCACAAUAUCUUGCUGCCUUGAAGCGAGUUGAUUAUGCUCUUCAGAAUCUCCAGUCAACCAAUCUCAAGUCCAACCAGCAAGCCAUCUCGGAAUUCACGUCACUCCUGAAUUUUGGAAGCCAAAGACUACAAGACCUGUUUUUGUCGAAAUUGAAAGAAAAUGUCGAACCUAUUGAACCAUUACACUACCUUACCAAACAACUUCCCUUCCCUUCCAUUCCUGAAGAAACCAUUGCCGAGCUCGCACCGAUUGCGGCUGCUAUCACUUCUGCCGCUGGUCAAUUACCACAACGUGGAUCGGAAGACCCUGCGGUAACCAUUUACGCUGAAACCCGCGGGCCGUAUAUAACAUCAAGUCUGCAAAACCUUGCCAUGGCCUCUAUUAGCACAGCUAAGAGACGUCCAGAUGACGGACCAUAUAAGCAAGGCACGAAUGGUAUCGGGGUCUAUUCGAGUGCGCUGGAGGGCUUCAUUUCGGUGGAGCACGAGGGAAUCGUACAAAUAUAUACGGGAGAGCAACAAGGCCGGGCAUUACAAGCUUCGUGCCGGUCAUCACUGGCAGAAUUUUCCAAAACCCUGCGCGAGCUCAAUCAGUAUAUCAAGUCUAAUUUGAUGACGGACUGCUUCCUCGCGUUCGAGAUCAUCGAGAUAGUCACUGCCAUGUCAUAUAGGAUUGACGCCAAGACGGGCGAGCUGAAGAGUUUAUUCAUCGAAGCUCUGCGGCCUAUACGCGAAACAGCAAAAUCAUCACUCUCGGAGCUUCUGGAAGAGACCAGGAAAAAGGCAGCGGCGGUUACGGUUCUGCCACCGGACGGCGGGACCGUUCCACUGGUCCACGAAGUCAUGAGCUCUUUAUCUACAUUAACAGGCUACUCCGGACCUCUCGCCUCGAUUCUCACUUCCCUAGGCGACGGAAACUGGCGAUCCAAGUCUCAGUCCGCUACCACAACGCCUCUAGACGUCAGUCCGGACAGCCAAACAUUAUUUUCUCAUUUCAUUCUCGACAUGGUCGAAGCCCUAAUCAGCUCCCUCGAAGCUCGAGGCCGCACAGUCUAUCGCUCAAAAGCAGUACUGGGGGUAUUCAUCUCCAACAUCUUCUGCGUCGUAGACCGCUCUAUCCGCGCCAGCUCGGAUCUCUCUCGCUACCUCGCGAGCCCCGAUAGCAUUGCUCGCAUCGACGCAUUCCGCAAACGAGGCACGUCAGCGUACAUCGACGCCUGGCGCGAAACAUCCCAGCUCCUGCUCGACGUACAAUAUACAUCUCGCGGCCCACGCCCCUCGUCCAGCGGUCCCGUGGACUCAGCGCAGGUAGUCAAGUCACUAUCAUCCAAGGACAAGGAUUCCAUCAAGGAGAAAUUCAAGGCCUUCAACGCAGGCUUUGACAGCCUGGUAUCUCAACACAGACAACUCUACAUGGAGCGCGAAGUGCGAGGCGCGCUAGGUCGCGAGGUGCAGGCUGUGCUGGAGCCGCUCUAUGUUCGCUUCUGGGACCGUUAUCACGAGGUGGAUAAGGGGAGAGGCAAAUAUGUCAAAUAUGACAAGGCUGCCUUUUCAGCGCAACUUGCUGCUUUAUCUUAA